CCUGUCUCAAAUUGAAAUCCAUAACCUCCGCUCAUCUCUCCGCCGCCUAUCCACGAAAUGCCUCCGGUUGCCGACGACCACAACCACCCACCCCUGCUCUUCCAAUUCCGUCCGUUCCGCUUCCGCGUGGCAGGCCUCCCCCCGAGAGCAGUGCCGAGGCGGAAGAAGAUGUCGGUGGUCCGUCUCGGUUCGCACAGUGGGUGGGGCUGGCGUGGCGGUCGACGGAUCGUUGCCGGUUUCCUCCGUCGGAUACGUCUCCGGUGGCUCGUGGCCAAGUACCGGGCCAUGCUGACGCAGUUGCGGGAGUGUCACCGUUCGCUCGUGCGGGAUCUGACUGAGGGAGCCGGCUCCUCAGAGGCCAGACACGCCCGGAUCAUGAUGGAAGCCUACUUCGCCGCCCCCCUCUUUCCCGUCUCCACUGUAAGCCGAAACCUUUCCUAUUAGGAUGCCCGCUAGCUCCUAAUUUUAUCUCUUAUUCAAAUUUCCACCUUGUACUCUCUCAAAAUUUCAAUCAAUUGUAAUAAGUUGAAGAUUAAUUCCUUUCCCAGAUAUUUGCGCCCUAAAUUUUCCU